CAGGCUGCUCCGCCCGCUCCCAGCUCCGCGAUGCUCUUCGACCGGCUCCGCCGCUUCUGCGUCCUGCUCGACUGCCCCGAGCUGGACUCGCCGCCCGUCUUCAGCUCGGGCGAGGCGGUGUCGGGCCGGGUGGUGCUGGAGCUCUCCGGCGAGGCGCGGCUCGGGGCGCUGCAGCUGCACGCCCAGGGCUGCGCCAAGGUGCACUGGACCGAGUCCCGCAGCGCCGGCUCCAGCACCGCCUACACCCAGAGCUACAGCGACCAGGUGCCGUUCCUGAGCCACCGCGACACGCUGCUGGCCCCGCCAGACAAUGGUGAAGUCACAGUUCUGCAGGCAGGAAAACACGAAUUCCCCUUCACGUUUCAGCUCCCAGAGACUCUGGCCACCUCCUUUGAAGGCCGGCACGGGAAUGUGCGCUACUGGGUGAAAGCCAAGCUGCACAGACCCUGGUCCGUUGUCAAGAAAGCGAAGAAAGAAUUCACAGUGAUCGAACCCAUUGACAUCAACACCCCGGCCUUGCUGGCUCCUCAGGCAGGCGUGAAGGAGAAGCUCGCCCGCGCCUGGUACUGCAACCGGGGCCAGGUCUCUGUAUCAGCCAAGAUAGACCGAAAGGGCUACACGCCAGGUGAGGUCAUCCCCAUCUUUGCUGAAAUUGACAACUGCAGCACCCGCACCGUAGUGCCCAAAGCUGCCAUCAUCCAGACUCAGACGUUCAUUGCCCGGGGUGCCAAGAAGCAGAAGAAGUCUGUGGUGGCCAGCAUAGCAGGCGACUCCAUUGCAGCUGGGAAGAGGGAAGUGUGGCAUGGCCGAGCACUGAAGAUCCCCCCAGUGGGCCCCUCGAUCCUGCAGUGCCGCAUUAUCCGCGUGGAGUACGCCCUGAAGGUUUGUGUUGAUAUUCCUGGGACCUCCAAGCUGCUCCUGGAAUUGCCACUCGUGAUUGGGACGAUCCCACUGCAUCCGUUCGGGAGCCGCACAUCCAGUGUCAGCAGCCAGUACAGUGUCAACCUGGACUGGCUCCGAAUGGUGAUCCCGGAGGAGCCUGAGGCUCCUCCUGAAUAUUCAUCUGUUGUGUCCAGUGAAGAAUCUGCCCAGAACCUGUCCCCACCCUGCCAGGAUGAACUCAGCAAUGGCCUGGAAGGCCCUUUCUUUGCUUACAUCCAAGAGUUCCGCUACCGUCCUCCUCCACUGUACUCAGAGGUGGAUCCAAACCCCACAUCGGACAGCAUCCGGCCACGCUGCAUGACCUGUUGAAGGAAGCGCCACUGAGUGCAGUUACUAGAAUACAAAUCCUGUGGGGAUGAGAAGCUUGCAGUCUCGCAGGACUUCCGUCCUGGGUAUCUGGAUCGGCGUCCAAGAGGCUAUUGCGAGGCCAGCGCUCGUGUGGAGCUGAGAACCUGUUUGCUCACUGCCGCUUGAAACCACCUGAUGCGGCUACAUCCCAUGGACUGACUCCUUGCCCCAAAGCUGAAAUGAGGGUGUUGGACUUGCCAUGUGGGGUCGGAGAAGCUCCUGAGCACGUGGUGCAAGGGAGGCAGAGGAGGGUGGAGGGUUAAAUCUUCUGCAGGAGUAUGGGGUUCAAAUGAGCCAAGCUCCUGCAUCUUGCAGCUACCAUAGUCCUGCUCCAGCUAACUGCUGCCAAUAGAAAACAGGACUGGGAAGUGCUUCUCAGGAUUAUUGGAAAGCAUUUUAAUCUUGCUCUGGGUAAGGGUUUAAACACCAUGGUAAUCUGAGGGCACCCUCCAGCUACUGCAUUCUUACAAAGUCACCAGGAUUUCAGUCUCUGAAGAAUUAAAAUGGGGUUGUUCUCCCCAGACUGAGGCUCGGCGCUUGCUGUCCAGCGCCCAUGAGCCUUAUGUUGUGUCCCAGGGUGCCUGCUGCUGGGGCUGUUCAUUGCCUCUAGUCUAACACUCCAGGACAUUUAAAUGUGUAAAGACUCUUCCCUUGAGUCAGGGAUUGUACAGGCGCCAGCGGGCCAAGCGCUGCGAGCUCAGGGAAGAACCCCUGUUCUAUAAACAGCAAGACUUAUGGUGCUGUCUUGGUCACCAGAUCUAGUUUGGUGCCUGGCAGGCGCCAGACCAAAGUGCAAAACCCACUGAACUCACGCUGAGGCAGGAAGCUGCGCCUUGGUCUUUAAAAGGCUUGGGCCUUUGGGGCUGCUAGAAUGGACCCAGUAGCAUUUGAUUGCCCUCUAUCUAUGCCUGAGUAAAAGGUGAAUGGGAAAUGGGGAGAGCUGCCAGCCGCAGGGCCACACGGGAGCUGACGUGGUCAGUGUCACGUAGCCCAGCACUGGAGGGUACAUGCAGUCAGGCCUGUAGAUGCUAUAGGCUGAGUAGGGAAGAGCCUUAAAUCCAGUCCUGCAUGUGGACUUGCUGCCUUGUUAACACUUCACCCAGCACCUAGUGGGUGGGGAAGAGCCUCAGAUCUGCCUGCUGUUAGCAGGGUGAGGACGAUGCUGCUGAUUGGCAGCACUGAAAGCUGGUAAAUCCUGUUGGGAGGGGAAGAAGAGGUUGUAAUGAAGACUGAUUGGGUGCAUCUGCCUUUGGCUUCAGGCUGGUCUUACUGCUCCCUGUGCAGAUUUGACCAGAGAUCUUGGCUAUUGAUAGUUGGGUAGUAAACAGUGCAUUCCAUGAUCUGAGGCUGAAACUGCCUGAAGUGGCCACCCCCAGCCUGGGGGCUAGAACCACUGACAGCCAAAGCAAAAGGUCCCAAACCUGCUUACUUUAGCUACACAGUCGGUUUCCUCCACUAGGAACUGGAAAGGCUAUUUUUUUUUAUAUACCUGUAACUGGUGUUUUUUAAUAUUUUUGUCUAAUUCUGCUUUUGUACAACUCCAGGUUUUGAAAUAAACUCUUCUUAUACUGAG